AAUAUCAAUAGAAACUAAUCUUCCUUUUAUUGUCAUAUGUAGCAGCUUACAACUCAUACAAAUACUGUUAACAACAAGAGUGUGAAUCCAAGAGGUAGAAAAAAUGCAACAUUAUCGUGCUUCCUCCGAGAGUUAUAUGGAGGAACAACCUUCUUGGCUAGAUGAGCUCCUCGAUGAGCCAGAAAUACCAGUACAAAGAAACUGUCAUCGUCGAUCAUCCAGCGAUUCAUUUGCUUAUACAGCUUACAACUAUGGUCCUUGUAAAGACUAUUCAUCCCAGGAUAUAUACAAAUCUGGUGUCGGGUCACAAGAUUUUGAUCAAUACAAUGCAAUGCAAGGUUAUCGUCCAUGGGAUUCACCUGUAAAUUCAAUAGCACCAAACCCCAGUACUUUUCUGCCAGUAAAAGACAUGGUUUCAUCUACUGUUUAUGAGAAGAAACAUGAUACAGUUGAAAAUGGUCCACUUGUGAAAACUUCAUCUGAAACAGAUUUGAAACGUACUAAGCAGCAGUUUGCUCAACGAUCAAGGGUUCGAAAACUUCAGUACAUUGCUGAACUGGAGAUGAGUGUUCAAGCUUUACAACUUGAAGGGUUUGGAGUUUGUUCUGAACUUGAAUUUCUCGGCCAACAGAAUCUUAUACUUAGCUUGGAGAACAAAGCUUUGAUGCAAAGACUAGAAAACAUAUCCCAGGAACAUGUCAUUAAAUGCUUGGAGCAUGAAGUUUUGGAACGAGAAUUAAGAAGACUAAGAUGCUUAUAUCAACAGCAACAACAACAACAAUUACAUCAAUCGCGACGACCAUCUCCAAGACAUCGACGAACCAGCAGCAACAAUGAUCUGAACAUGAACACAAACACGCAAUAUAACCAGAAAGAUGCCAACUCAAUUGGAAACCCAAUAAUUGGUCCAUUUCACAUGUGAAAAAGUUAGGUUCGACUUGGUUUGGGCAACCACAACUACAACUCGGGCAUGGAAUGAUCGUGUCGUUGUAGAAAGCGGAUAGUGAAACACAACAUUUCGGAGAUGGUGAAGAAAGGAAUUGCGAAUAGGUAC